CCUUAUUUGGGGGUUUCACCGAUCACCAUGCCUCCGUCGGCUUGCCUCGGUCUUCUCGCCCGGAGUGCAUCUGAAUGAUACGCGCGCCUGACAAGUGGCUCGCCUUGGUUGAUGGACGCUGCAGAGCAAGGUGGUGAAAUCCCUUCCUCUUCCUACUCCACGCCCUAUCAUUAUUAUCGGUAGCUGCCCAGCACCAUGUCUCCUCCAGCAUCGGCUGCGACAGCGAGUGAAAGCAGCACGACCACCGUUUUCGAGGAGGACACCAGAGAGGAGCAAAGACCCCUGAAGCAAUCUCUGAGCAAGUCCCUAUGUCGGGAGAGUUUCUGGAAAUGCCUGCUCCUGUCCAUUCUCAUGUAUGGCUGCAUGGGAGCAAUGGUUUGGUGUCAUGUCACCAAGGUGACCCGCCUCACCUUUGACAGUGCCUUCAAAGGGAAAUCCAUGAUGUACCAUGACACCCCCUGCUCUGAUGGCUAUAUCUACAUCCCUCUGGCCCUACUGGGCAUGCUCUAUUUAGUCUAUCUUGUGGAGUGCUGGCACUGUCAUGUGAAGAAUGAGCUGCAGCACAAAGUGGACGUGGAGGGCAUCUAUGAGCGCAUCCAGCGGAUGCAACAAGCUAAACCCUGCAUCUGGUGGAAGGCCAUAAGCUACCACUAUGUUCGCAGAACUCGGCAAGUCACACGCUAUCGCAAUGGCGACGCUUACACUAGUACCCAGGUUUACCAUGAACGUGUCAAUACCCACGUGGCAGAAGCUGAAUUUGACUACAGUCACUGUGGUGUUAAAGAUGUUUCGAAACAGCUGCUGGGCUUGGAGAAGUCUGCUCUUACAAAGAUGCGAUUCACCAAGUGCUUUAGUUUUGCCAACGUAGAGUCCGAGAAUUCCUACCUUACACAAAGAGCAAGGUUUUUCACUGACAACGAGGGCCUUGAUGACUACAUGGAAGCCAGGGAGGGCAUGCACCUGAAAAACAUUGACCUGAAGGAGUAUGUCCUGGUGCUGUCUGACCCAGAGCACCACCCGUGGUAUCUGUCCCACUACGUCUUCUGGUUUGCCUCAUUCCUCACUUUCUCCUGGCCUCUCAGAGUCUUCACAGAGUAUCGUACUGCAUAUGUCCACUACCGUGUAGAGAAGCUCUUUGGGCACGAUUACCUCCCCGUGACCCCAUGUGACGAUCGGCCGUAUUGGCGUCGUAUCCCUCGUGUUAACACCAUCGACAGUACUGAACUGGAAUGGCACAUUAGAUCCAACCAGCAGCUGGUGCCCAGUUACUCAGAGGCUGGCCUGAUGGACCUGGCCCAGUGCCCGUCCAGCUUCAGUGGGAUUCGUCAGAAUUGCGAGCGCUGCCACAGAGCAAUCAGCUGCUCCUCGGUGUUCUCCAGGAGUGCCCUCAGCAUCUGUACUGGUGCCAGCUCCCGCAUUCCCUUCAGCGGCAGUCGGUUCUCCCUGGCCCGACGCUAUGGCUCCCAACGCAGCUGCUUCUGGAGGAGCGGCAGUUUGGAUGAACAAGAGAGCCCGAGUGAAAAUACCCGCUGUCUAUCAGAGCGUCUCACCACAGAUGAUGAGGAACCCCCAGACUAUGAGGAUGCACUUUGCUACCCAGUGCUCAUUGUUCACUGCAGCGAGAACUGCCACAACCACAGGUCGUUCCACAGACAUGGCUCCUGUGUGGAGACUUCUUUAUGACUAUGCAGUCACUGACAAAACACCGUGGCACUUCUGUAGCAUACACACACUUUGAACAUCAGACACAGACUGUGUAGACAAGUCUUAAUGUGAGACAGACAGAUUCAUGCUGUGUUGCCAUACUAUCUGAAACAAAUGCCUGAAUCCUGAAUGUGUGAAUCACCAAAGCAAUAACAGUGAUUGGUGAGUGGAGAACAAAGAUACAAUGGUAUGUGAACCUACUAGGAUACACACACAUGUAAAAAAAUAUAUCUGCCUGGCUUCCUAUGAAAACCAAGCAAAGACUGUUACACUGUACAUCAUUGCCAUAGCUGUUAAGAUCUCAUGUGUGCAUUACAUAUGAAACUGAAACUGAAGCUGCAGUUACCUCAUAAGACUCUUUCAGAGGCCACGGGAACAGAUGGACAGGUCUAAACAGAGAAAGAAAAGGUCAGAUAAAGUUGAGGCUGAUUUUUAUGAUUUCUUUCACAAAAAGAAUGGUGAGGAGUAGUCUACAAGUUUAACCUACUUCUAAUUACAGCAAUAACUGUGAAAAUAAUCUUCUUCAGUGAAAAAGUAAGAGGAGGAGUACGAAUCACAUACAUUAUGUUGCUGCACAUCACAAAGCGACAUUAGUCACUGGAAACCUCUGACCCAAAAGAGACAAAUGAACUCUUGGAUACAUGCUCACUAGCUGUUACACUAAUCUGUGAUUUAAAAAAAGAAAGAAAAAACAUUACUUAUGUUGUGGUGAAGUGUUGUAAUUUUCUUUCGGUGUACCUAGUUUUUUUUUUUUUAAUCAGAAUGCCUCAUCUAUUUUUUCUUCUGUUAGAUUUCCCAGAAUGCCUUUUGACAACUGCAGAUAACAGCUAUAGGUUUAUUAUCAGCUAUGGGUUUUAUGUGUUGGUGGAAAGUGACAUAGAGAUAGUAAAAAAGAGAGUGACAGCUGUUAUAAUUGAGAAAAAUUAAGACUCGUGCCCAUUACUCAGAACAAACCUGUCUUGCGGCUGCAUUGCAUUCUGGUCUGUUGAGGCUACUGGGGGAUGGAGAAUUUGGUAUGAUUGAUAGGCUUCUUCUACAAUGGAUUUCUCCCUGUUUUGACUGUCAAUUGUUGGUGCUAUAUGGCAGCUCCAGAGAGAAACAUCCCUGUCGUUUGGAUGUUGAUGGACUAACACCUAAACAUGAUGUUUACAGUUGAUGCUUUUGAAACAUUUUCAACCACAAACCUCCAUUAUAGAUGUUGGAAUUAUCGAAAUGUGAUGACAAAUUGUCAAAGUUUGGGAAAUAAGACACAACAAAAGGGGUUUCAGGGAGGACUUCUGCUUUAACAUUUGAUUAAUUUGUCUUGACUGACCCAGAAACUGGAAAAAUGUUGGGGCGCUCAAUCUCUAGGUCUAAUCAUAUGAGCCUUUACCUUGAAAAACCUAAAACACAGUACAAAAUCCAUCAUCAUUGAUCAAUUAAGAGAGUACAUUAGUGGUUCUAACAUUUUCACUUAAGUUUGACUUUUUCUCUGCCUACUGCCAUGACAAAACCUGUUGGCAACUGUGGUAAAAACACAUAAACAUGUCAUUACAUUAAUCUCACAAUCAGACAAGAAAAGGACAGGUUUACACUGAACCUACAAUACAUGGUGUGGAUUCAGCUGCAUAAAGAUCGUAAGGUCAUUCAAUCCAUGCUCAAAUUUGCAUGAUUUCCUUCUAACAAGACAAUGUGUGAAAAACCAUAAAACAUACCUGAAUGUAAACCACCAGCAUAUAUAAUAUACUGUUCUAUAUGUCCAUUAUAUGUCUAUAGUAAAGGAAUAGUGCUACAUUUUUAAUAUGUACAAUUAUGAUUUCUCUGUCCAGUGUAUAUUGAACGUGCUCAGAGAGUCAAAAGAGCACAGCGCACUCCAACAUGUCACCAAGUUUCCUUAAAGAAACUUUGGCUGUUGACAUUUGAGUUAUCUGGAGGAUCCAUGACUCUUUUUAAAAAGUGUUUACAGGCAGUAUAUGCAAGGAUAUAAAUGCACUUCCAUUUACACAUGGACACCACACUUUAUAAUACCUACUUUUUUGUAACAUCUAACAGGAACUGUAUGCAUCCUAGCAAACAACAUUUUGUUCUUAUAUUUUUUUCAAUAAUGUAUUGACACCACUAUUAUGCACUUGAAGUGACAAUAUAGACAUUAUGAAUUGUAGUGAAGCUGAAUGUUUAUGUAAAUUCCCUUAAGUAAUAAAGUAUUCAAGCUGAUAUAUUGACAAGUACAUAACUGCUCAGACAUAAAACAAUACACGACCACUUAAAGCGUCUUGUAAAAUGUUGAAAAUGUUCUUGUUGUCAUCAUAAUCAAGUGGACUGUACAAAUAACUUGAUUAACUUUUAAAAUAUGUAUUCAGAUUUAUCUUAUGCUGGAUAAAUAAAAGUUGCAAUACAUGUCUAGGGAAGUCCCAUGUAUAUUAUAAAAUGUUGCUGGCUUGGAUCCUCAACUACGCUUGGAAAAUCUGAAUGAGGAGAGUGAACUGGAGCAUC